AUGUCUCUGAAAGUGGGUCCCACCGGUCAAACCACCGGCAGCAGCAGCUUCUGGAUGCUGCUCUGCCCCCUGCUCUGUGCUCUGGUCCUGGCUCAGGGUUCCACACAGAGCACUGAGGACUUGCAGAGCACCGCUACCACAUCACUGCCGGAGGACUGGACCGGCACGACGAUCCAGCUGCAGCCAGACCUGCAGACUGAGGCCGAGACUCAGACCGAAGCACAGACAGAAGUACGGACAGAAGCCACAACAGAGACUCUGACAGAGACGCAGACUCAGAGCAUCACCAGCAACUAUACAGGUCUGUCCUGUAUCCCCGUCCUGCCUCCACGUCGGGGUUCCUUUUAUGUCGAGAGCGGCACAGGCGUGUCAGUCGGCAGUGUGUUGGCCUUCUGGUGCAGAGAGGGAUACCAGCUGGUCGGCAGUGACAAAAUCUACUGCAAUGUCAGGAACGGCAAACCACAGUGGAGCAACUACCUGCCUGUCUGUGAGGCGAUCCCCAGGCCGGAGGACCGUGGUCUGAGAGUGGCUGUGUUGGCAUCAGUGGUGAGUGGCAUUGUCAUCCUCGCCAUGUCCCUGUCCUUCCUCAUCUGCUGUCUGCAAGAACGAUCGAGCCGGGACCGAGCCAAGAAGGAGGGACGAAGCAGGCGCAGAGAGAAGCACUCGUCCCGUCGCAGCGAGUGUUGGCUGGAGAGAGAGGAGGGUGAGUGGGAGGCCUUCCCUCCUCCCAAGAUCUUCCACCUCUCGCAGAGGAUGAACCCCCGUCUGGCCCCUGACAGCCCCCUCUACCUCACUGGAGGCCUCACUGGAUAUGAGAACAGAGGAUACCAGAGGAGUCAGGAGAGUCUGCUGAAGGCCUCCCUGCCUGGACUCUACCGCUCCGAGUCACAGCUAUACCCUCACGUGGUCCUGCAGAGGGUCCCAACUCCGACGGCACCCUCCGCCCCUUCCGCUCCGUCCGCUCCCCUCUACCUCCACCUCCCCUCGUCCUCCUCCGCUGCCUCCUCACCUGCCCACACAGCCGCCCACAGCCAGCCUCACAUCGUGACGCAGCAUCCCACGUACCCGCCGAACCCCAACACAGCUGUGCCCGUCUACCCCCACCCAACACCAGCGCCUAUCUACCCCAACCCCAACCCAAUACCGCAGCGGCCAUGGCAGUAG